CUCCAAUGGAGCAACACCGCGCCUUCACCACAACCGCCGACGAUUUCUUCCAGACCGAAACUUCCCAUUGACUCCUUCUACCCACUAUAUCCGCACCCCAUGCCGCCCUCCGACGCAACUCAUGGCAACCCUACGGUCCCUGGGGCUGCACACGCCCGCCGCCCUGCAAUAUCUCAUCGACGAGUCCGUGCUGCAUGAAGACAGCACCGAGCGGGACUAUACAUGGGACACAUAUGACGACGAUUCUCCGGACGGCUCUACCGACGAGCUAGUGACUACGGAAUACCAUGUGGUCUGGUCCAGAGGCGGUGUAGUGCGCAAGUGCUUCAAUUUCGAAGUCGAGAACGAGCGCGUUAUCCAGGCACUGCUCACUUGGUUCCCUACCGAAGAGCCCGUCACCGUUGUAGAUGAUGCUACAGACAAUGAAGAACUUAAACUCAGCCAGCUGAACCAGAGCUUCCUCUCACAGGGCACACAACCGGCAACUGAUCCCAAUGCGCCCAGCACCGAGAGACCCAAAAUCGUCGAAGGCAGAGCCCGUGCUCUUGUGGUCCUACUAAAGUCCCAGGCACAUGUUUUCUUCCUCUCUGGAACAACCCAUAUUGCUCAUCUUCCAUUUGAAGUGGAGCGAGCUUUCCCCGCUGCACGCGGUGUUAUCCUCCAGAGGAAGAUUGCUCCCCGUCCCGGACCUCCUGCAAAGUCAAUACCUUCUUCGGUGCCGCCUGGCUCCUUUUCAAACAAUUCACAGGGUUUCAUUCCACAAUCGCUCUCGCAGAGCUUUUCCCAAAUCUAUUCCCAACCCGAUGCUCGCCAGGCGUCUUUAGGCUCGUUGCGCACGCCCAAUGGCCGUAAAUCUGGCUCAACCAACGCACGAUUCCUGGAUCAGCUGGCAAAAUCCCUUGCAUUUCCCAGCACUGAUGGCCUUCCACGUCUAUACUCCUUCACAGACCCUUUGUCAGAGUUCGGGCUCGUGGUCAAUGUUGUGACGGCUAACGAACGCGCGGGCUUUUUUGUGAAUGGCUCUGGCCAUCGGCGGCUGGAGCCUAUCGACCAAAAUGAAGAAGUUCUCUAUGUGUCACCGCAGAACGAGAUAUACUUUGAUAAAACUGGGAAUGACAAGCCUCUCCUUUUUGUCGUCACGUCCAACAGUGAAAGUAAUACCAUCACCAUCUGGUCGGCUGCUUACCUCGAGCCAAAGUCGGUAUCGGCGUCGCGCAAGCAGCACUUUGCGCAUCCGACAAGUAAAGCGAGGCGGCGCAGUUCAUAUGGACCGAGUACACCUGGAACGCCAGCAAUACUAGGCACUGACAGACUGAGAGACAGUCUCGGAGGCGCUCCUCGAAGAAAGGUUCGACAUUCAGGGAUUAAACCCUCACAACUGAAGGAGAAGCUGUCCGAUCAAGCGGUGGAAGACGCACUUGCUUCACAGCUGAACCCCGAGCUCGAAAGGGCGCAACACUCAAAAGAGUCUCGACGCGUAAGCUCAUUGCUUUCCAGAGCCGAACUCUCCACCAGCUUUGAUAGAUCCGCUUUUCAAGAUCUUGCUACACAACGAACGAGCCUGGGUGGGAGCUUUGGAGCGAGCUUUGGAGCCAGCCAGCGGAGCCGGCGUUCGCUGGGAUAUGACAGGACAAGUUUUGGCGGCUUCUCCAGACAUCGCGCUUCAACCCCGGGUAGCAUUGCAUCCCGAAUGAGCGUAGGAGGUACCUCCUUUGAUGACACCCUCAACGAUAUCAUGGACGAGGACACUUUCGACACUCUGGAAGACUAUGAUGAACUGGACGAUCUGUUCUCCCCACCUGAUGCUGGUUUCGAACAAGAGGCUCUGCACGGCUUGAGAAAAGAGCUAGUCAUUAGCCCCAUCACAGAAAUAUCUGUGCAGGAAUAUCUGCAGCCGGGCUUCUCCACUCUGAAGGAUGCUACAGGGAACCUUGGCACUACGCAACAAGGUAGUGCGAGACCAACGGCCAAGGUGUUCUCUGUCGCGGCCCCAUUCAAUUCGGCUACGCUGCAUGAACGAAAGAUGUUUAUCUACAUCAAGCAUCCAGCUCUUCAACAUCCGCUUGAGUGUGAACUCUCGGUGAUGCGUAAACGUCUCUCAGCAGCGGCCUCCCAGACUAGACUGACCGAUCCUCCUCGAUAUGCUUGUGUACCGAAGAUGAUCAAGGUAGAAACAAUGCGGGAGUCAUCAGAUGUGGUCAAGGUUGUGGAUGGCCAGGUUGCGCGCGCGGCCUCACUAAUUUCUCUCAAAUCGGAUGGACCCUGUCUGUCACUACAUGCGAGUUGGGGGGCCCACCUGCCCAUGAAACUAUACCUGGGUCCUCUGCGACUUUUCGAUCCACAUGCCGUCAUGCGGAGCGAGAAAAUGAGAGCGACCGCUGGUUCAAGCAGAACUAUCAGUCCACAUUUGCCACUUCGGGGGCUACUCUCCCCCGGUAAAGCUGGUACUUUCGACAUCAUGGACGGAGAGUUCAACAGACAUCGUCUGCAGCUAAAACUCUCACCAGCACACCCCUUCGUGGCACACCUGUUCCAGGCACUGACCACCAUCUUACCCAACUACGCUGGCGAGCUUCUUCUCGAGAUAUACUGGAAUAUUCAGAAGAUUUUUACCGGUUCCGCAGAGUCAAAAUAUAAUAUAGACUGGUUAGCAUUUGUCACAACACUGUUUACGCUCGCCACACCUUUCAUUGAUAACCAUACCAUUAAGCCGUUGAACGGCGGAGAGAAAACCGAGAAACGGCGAUCUCGUCGGCUAUCAAGCCAUGCAAGACCCGACGAGCAUCUCGAGACUGACGAGUCCGCAUGGGCUGCAAUGUGUUCGCGACAGGAUGGCCGGAUGCAGAUAAAAAGCUGGCAGUCAACACCAUGGGCCUGGAUUAUGCAAGCUCAGCCUUCGUCCAAUAUCAUGAACCCUCCAUCUCGUACUCGCAACGCUCGAAUCCUACCAGCUAUUGAGCAGCAAAUCAAAGGAAAUAGAGGCCUAUUGAUCAGAUGUGCACAUUAUGCACGGGAGUUUGACCGCACUCCAAUCGGAAAAGCUGCGAGUGAUCACUGGAGGCGCCUUUCUUUUUCUGAGAAGCAAGAUUUGAGGAUUUCAUGCCUCUCCGAGAUUGUGGUUAUAUUGCAUCUGGUACGCGAGGAACGCAAACUUGACAUCAUGACUCAAGACUUCUCCACGUCUGAAGCUUACAAUCUUGCUCCUGUGUUGGCUCAACUUGGACACUGGCUAAGGUGGGAGUCAUGGGGCUUUGCUGAGGGAAGUUACUUUGAUGUCGAUGCUGGACUGGGCAAGGACUGGUCCUACGAAGACUCCAGCUUCACUUCCACUAUACGUCUGCACUCACAGCCUUGGGAUGUGCCGCCUUCUAUCCUAGAAUGGCUUUGCACAAUGCUGCGCUCUCAGUCCUAUUAUCCAUUUCCUACUUUAGCAAGGCUAAUUCGCAAGUCCAAAGCUUCACCGCAUUCGUCCGUGAAUAUAGACGAAAUCAUCCAGGGAGUUACGCCACGAACUGUUGCAUUACAAAACUUCUUUCAGGAGAUCGACAAGUUUACAACCCCUCGAAGAGUUGUGGAACUGAUGGCACGCUGCGGUAUCGAUUCCGUCAUGCUUGAAACUCUACCAGAAGCCGCAAGGGCGCCUUUGAUGGAAGCAUUGACACGAUGUCAGGCAAAUCCACCAACCACGUGGUCCGGUUCCCUACUGAAGUUGGUUCAGAGAGAGGACCUUGACCUGGCUGCGAAGGCAAACAGCAAUACCAACCGCGAUGUUCAGUUGCAUCAAUCACAUGCAACCACUAACGUUCACUCGAAUUUACACUCGUCUGGGGGGAACCGGGACAUCCAUACGAUAUGCCAAACCGCGGACGAUAUAGAACCCGCUCAGUCGUCGGCUGAAAUCGAAAGACAUGUCAUAACCAGGAUGAUUUUCAAGGAAGACCGGCGCUUCAUGGAGGCCUAUCAUCUUCUAGAACCCCUUAGACCCGCUGUAGCGGAAUAUCGUCCAUCCGCUCGACAAGAUGAAGCCGCCACGCUGGAAGGCCAAAAAGCUCUCAUGCAAUGGGUUAUGGUUCGCACCUUUUCACUUCCAGUCGGUAAUUCCAUGAUCAAGCUUGGGAGCAAGAGACCUCUCCUAACCGCGGCGUUUCCGCUUUAUGGCUUCUCCACAUCCUGCACGAUGAAGCCCAUGGGCAACGUGGUCACUGCUGACCGUGCGAGUUAUUCGGAGGAAAAGUUCGUCUGGGCAUUUUUCAAUGCUGGCGUCGCCGCCGGGCUGAGUAUAGCUAGGGACGCGCAGGGGAUUGACACGUCCUGGUUUUCGUACAACAAACCUCCUGAGCCCACGAACAAACAUGCUGGCUUACUUCUUGGGCUUGGCCUAAACGGUCAUCUCAAGAACACCCAGAAGUAUAUGGCGUUCAACUACCUUCUGCCGAGACACACCAUGACAUCCGUGGCUACCCUGUUGGGUUUGGCUGCGUCUUACAUGGGCACGAUGGAUACUCUAGUCACCAGACUUCUUUCGGUUCACAUCACACGUAUGAUUCCCCACGACGCGUUCCAGUUGCCCCUAUCAGGGCACACUGAGACCGCGGGCCUGAUGGCUAUUGGAAUACUCUACUUUGACACGCAGCAUCGUCGAAUGAGUGAGAUUAUGCUUUCCGAACUUGAGCAUGUCCAAGAAACCGAUCCUUUUGCUGAGUCGCCAGAUAAGCUUCGCAAUGAAGCAUACAGAUUGGCCGCCGGGUUCGCACUUGGAUACAUCAACAUCGGCAAAGGCAACGACCUCCGUGGUCUUCACGACAUGAGGAUACUGGAGCGUCUAAUGACAGUGGCAGUAGCGCCCAAACCAGUCCAUCUUGUCCACAUUCUUGACGAAGCCACUGCUGGUGCCGUCAUUGCUAUUACACUCAUCUACAUGAAGACAAAUAAAGAGUCCGUGGCACGCAAAAUUGAUGUGCCUGAUACCCUACCGCAGUUCGACUAUGUCCGAUCCGAUAUAUUCCUUCUGAGGACUCUCGCUAGGCAUAUGAUCAUGUGGGACGGCAUCGUCGCCGAUAGUGAUUGGAUCAUCAAGAAUUUGCCCUUACCAUACCGGCCUGACUAUGACCUGAAGAACAUCAAAAAAUUGCGCAGUCAGCAGAUGCCCUUCUUCAACAUUUUGGCAGGGCUGCUUUGGAGCAUUUCCCUUCGAUACGCAGGAACCGGCGAUAGACACGUUCGAGACUUCCUGCUCCACUAUCUCGACCAGUUCAUCCGUAUUCACAGAUUACCCGCUCUUCGGUACGAUUCCAAGCUCACGCGCAAUACGGUGCGGAACUGCCAGGACCUUAUGGCCCUCGCGACAGCCACCGUUGUAGCGGGCACUGGGGACCUGGAAGUAUUGCGUCGCUGCCGCGCUCUCCACGGUCGAUUAGGACCGGAUGCACCCUAUGGCUCCCAUCUCGCCGGCCACAUGGCCUUUGGAAUUCUCUUCAUGGGUGGCGGAACGCACACGUUCGCCACGUCGAACAAAGCAAUUGCCUCCCUAAUCUGCGCCUUCUACCCGCUCUUUCCCACCGAGGUCAAGGACUCUGAGGUCCAUCUACAAGCCUGGCGUCACUUCUGGGUCCUGGCCGCCGAACCGCGCUGCCUCUACGUGCGAGACGUUGACACUGGACGCAUCAUGUCCAUGCCCAUCAUCCUCCAUCUCAAAGAUGAUCCGAACCCCAAACAUAUCGAGGCGCCCUGCCUUCUCCCCGAACUGCACACCAUCGCCCGCUUGGAAACAGACAAUGUCGCCUACUGGCCCACUACUCUGGACUUUGAAAACAAUCCCCUGCAUUUCAAGACUUUCAAGCAGAAUCAGACCAUCAUGGUGAGGAGAAGGUCGGCACACGACAUGUACGCCUCGCCCUUCAGCAACACCUUGAUGGCUCUGAACGAUGCCCAUCAAUCACGCGCCUCGCGCCAAAUGUGGGAUUGGCUCUUCUCCCUGCCAUCGCUGGCAUCCUUCGAAUCCUCGGGUGCGGACGCAAAGAGCGAUAUGGCGCUCAUUCUACCCGUGGAUCCGCACAGUUCGACGUUCCUGGAUAUGAGGAGCACGGUUGUGGAUCAUCGCUUGGUGCUGAGGAGGGCGGCGGGGAGUUGGUCGAGGAGGGAUUUGAUGGAGUUGAGAGGGGUGUUUGAGUGGGCUGAGGGGAUGGAGAGGAACGGGGAGGGAGGGUUGAGGUGGCUUGGUAGAGAGGUGGUAGAGAGGUUGAAGGCCGGAGUUUUGGAGAGGGGAAGGAGGGUUGGUGGGGAUGGAGGUGGUGUGUGAUGGGUUUGCUGAGAAAGUAAUAGGAUUGGGAUGCACCUUUACCUAGAUCUAUACCAACCAGCGUGCCGGCCAACGUUGGCGGCCAGUGAAGGGGCGCCACAUGACUUGCUUGCGGAAUGACAACCAGGGGUGUAGAGAUGGUCGUCGGUAUAGCUACUGGCGGAUGGAAACUCCUUGGUAACUUGUGUGCUGCAACGUAAGGUCUGCAGUAGGAUAUAGAUGUGGUAGGAAAGUAGAUACAAAUGCAAGAAGUGUUGGGGAU